GUUACGGUCUGCGCAAACUGUGCGCGCUGCUGACGCGCAGGAAGGUGUUAAGUGUUUCCUGUGUGCAGAGGUCACAUACUGAAAACGGCAAAAGCUCGAGGAGUUUCAGCUCAAAAACAACAAAAAACAGAUUUUAUUAAAAAAAGAGCUGAAUAAACAACUAAAAUCCGAUUUUAUUAAAAGAGAGCUGAAUAAAUAACUGAAAUCGUUUCAGUAAGAGAGCUGGUUGAGUGGCUGUGAGCGGUCAGAGCCCCGGAUGCUGCCGUCGCUCCGCGCGUGUGGCCACUUUAUCGGAAACGCUGAGAGGCCUCCACAGGAGCCAAAGCGACAGCAGUGAGGAUUCAUCAGCAGCUCCUCAAUGUCAGCACCUCCUUCUGCUGCUCCUCCAUCCUCCUCCUCACCCGCUCUGUUUGGGAGCUGCUGGAGCUGCCGGCUCCUCUCCGGUUCCGCUCUGAUCCUCUCCGCAGGCUACGUGUACCAGGCGGCCCGGAGGACGAUGCGGCACGGAGGACCCACGUCGAUGGGCACGGUGGCUCAGAUCGUCUUCGCCUCAGGUCUGGCUGCCUGGGGUAUGGUGGUCAUUAUGGAUCCGGUGGGAAAAGCCACCAAGAAAACCAAGGACACAUGAUCAGAGCAGCGGACGCGUAGAUGUGUGAUCUUAUAGACGAUGUAAAAAAUAAUAAAGUCAUGAAGCGAU